GGAAGAGCCAUGGGUGCGUUCCUGGACAAGCCCAGGACGGAGAAGCACAACUCACACGCAGAGGGCAAUGGCCUCCGCUAUGGGCUCAGCUCCAUGCAGGGCUGGCGGGUAGAGAUGGAGGACGCUCACACCGCUGUGUUGGGACUUCCUGCUCCUGGCAUGACUGACUGGUCCUUUUUUGCCGUGUACGAUGGUCACGCUGGCUCAAGGGUUGCCAACUACUGCUCUAAGCAUCUUCUGGAACAUAUAAUAAGUGCUAGUUUAGGGGGCGGAGGAACCCAGGGCUCCCAGGCUGGCUCAGACAGCUCCAGCAGCGACCAAUCAGCACUGGUUCCUCCUACAGUGGAGGCUGUGAAAGCUGGGAUCCGGACAGGCUUCCUGAGGAUUGAUGAGCACAUGCGCAACUUCUCUGACUUUCGAAAUGGCAUGGACCGUAGUGGCUCCACAGCAGUGGGAAUCCUCCUGUCGCCAGAUCAUUUCUUCUUCAUCAACUGUGGUGAUUCUCGAGGUGUUUUAUACCGCAAUUCACAAGUGUGCUUCUCCACGCUUGACCACAAGCCUUGCAACCCACGUGAGAGAGAGCGUAUCCAGAAUGCUGGCGGCUCGGUGAUGAUUCAGAGGGUUAACGGGUCACUGGCUGUAUCCAGGGCCUUGGGGGACUAUGAUUAUAAGUGUGUGGAUGGGAAGGGCCCCACAGAGCAGUUGGUUAGCCCCGAACCAGAAGUGUUUGAGAUGGUUCGGGCCCCGGAACAGGAUCAGUUUGUGAUCUUGGCAUGUGAUGGCAUCUGGGAUGUCAUGUCCAAUGAGGAGCUGUGUGAGUUUGUGAAGUCUAGGCUUGAGGUGACUGAUGACCUAGAGAGAGUCUGCAAUGAAGUGGUGGACACCUGCCUGCACAAG